AUGGCAGAGCUGUUCCUUGGCAAGGUCCUGCUGAAAAACAACCGCGAUCAGGACGAGCUGGAAACAGACAAGGAGCUGUGGGAGAGGCUGGAGAACCGGGUCCUCCUCUUGUACUUUGCCGAGUCGGGUUCCUCGCGCUGCCAGGAGUUUGCUCCGCUCUUGAAGGACUUUUUCACCAAGCUGACCGAUGAGUUCUAUGUGGACCGGUCCUCGCAGUUAGCCCUUGUCUACGUUACCCGGGACCGCAGUGAAGAGGAACACGAAAGCUUCAUAAAGGACAUGCCGAAACGUUGGUUACUAGUUCCCUUCGAGAAUGAAGAGUUCAGAAGGGACCUUGAAGUCCAGUUCUCGGUUUCGCAAGUGCCGGUCCUUGUAGUCCUCAAACCCUCUGGACAGGUGAUCUCCCCUAAUGCAGUGGAUGAAGUUGUACGCCUGGGUCCUCCCUGCUUCCAGAACUGGCAGGAAGUGUCUGAGAUCGUUGACAGGAGCUUCUUGGCAGCGGAAUUCUGUGAUUCAACCGCCUCCAGGAGUAUCAGCGACCCGAUCCGCAGGAUAAAGUACAAAAUGGAGAGCCCCAAGAAGAAGGAGAGGGCUGGAAGGGACAAUGAUGAUGAUGAUGACGGUGGUGGAGGAGGAGGAGGUGGAGGCUUCUUCUGA